AUCAUUAUUAUCAUGAUUAAUCAAUUGAUUGUGAAAAUUAUUAAAAUUGUUACAAAUAAAUUGACAGUUUGAAAAAGAAGUUUUACUUUACGCGUAUUGCUAACACACAAAUUUUUUGAAAAAAUAUUUUGUAAUAACAGCUGUAAUUAUUAGAGUAAAUUGCUGUAAUUAUUACGGAGUGAUGGAGCAUCUGCAUUAUACAAUUAUAAAAUUGAUAACAUGUUGAGGGAAAAAUUUUUUAUAUCGAACCUUGAGAAUCUUACACAUAUAUUACCAGCUGAAUUAGAACAAUUUAGAACAAUUUUAAUAGAUUAUUAAAGUUUAGGUAAUUCAACACUUGAGUGGUUCUAUAGAAGAUUGCAAAGUUUUGGUUACCUUGGUGAAAAAAACUGGCAGAAUCCGGCAGUUGUUCCAAAAACCGGUCUAAAUCUGUAAGAAUCUGACAGAAUCGGCAAGAAUCCGACAGAAUCUGCAAGAAUCUGACAGUUGUUCCAAAAACCGGACUAAAUCUGUAAGAAUCUGAUAGAAUCUGACAUAAUCUGUAAGAAUCUGCCAGAAUCUGUCAGACUAUUUUUAUUAAAAAUUCUAAAAAAAAAAAAAAAAUUCUGGCCGAAUUAUUGUGGUUAUUAUAAACAUCACGGUAAGGUAUCAAGAAACUUCAAUCUCGAAGCGUUGCAUUUUUUUUUUUAAACUUGAAUAUGUUUUUUAAAUUUUUAUAAGUACCAUAAUCUCAGUUCCUAUAUAUGUGAAUUAACUCUGACGUGAGCACAUGUGAGAAUCGUUGAAUAACAACUAAUUAUUUCAUUUCCACCGAUUGUAAUUAUUAUAAAAAAAAUUUUAUCUUUUUUAGAAAAAAAAUGUGUCAUAUAGAUGUGAAGUCUGUCCCCUCUUAUCUUAUCCCUCUACUUAUUAAUUUUUUCACUAUUCAAUAACUAAUUGUAUAAAAGUCGAUGUAAUAACAGGUAAAAUUGAAAGUUAACGAUGGAGUCAACUAGUAAUCUUCUUCUAUCACAUUCAGUUGCACUCUACAAAUCUGAGACGAAAAACCUACGUGUUGGAUCGUGGGAAGAUUAUCGAAUUCAUAUUCUUAUUUGUGAUAAUACUUCAAGAAAAAUUUCAUUUGCAGUAUAUAAAAUGGAAAUAUUUUUUGGAUUAACUAGAAUUUAUAUUAUUUUGGUACACAGCUAGUAGAAGCACAGACGAUUUAAAAAAAAAAUAUAAAUCGAAUAAGUGUGAAGACAUUAGAAUAUUCUCCAUAAGAAGUUAUUCAUACAAAAUUAUAUCUGUUGUAUUUAAUCAUAGGGUCUGGUGAAAUAGAACUACAUGAACUGUCGAUGAAUGAAAUUGUGAAUGAAUUACCGUGGAAAAACCUGCAUAGAGAGUCUGGAAAAUAUUUCUGUUGACAUAUACAAUCAUGCAACAAUAUUGUAUAUGCAUAAGACUACAGGAAAACAUAGUCUUGAUUUUCAUACAUCCGAUUUUUCGAAACAAAUGUUAAUAAAAAAUUUCUACAAAAUUUCUGACGAUAUUAGAAAUACAUAAAAAACAAGUUAACUUUUGUCUUAUAAAUUAUUUUUAUUUGAAGUAAUUCUAUGGUAAUUGAUAAUACUACAUCAUGUACGAUUGGUUAUUACAAAAGUAGAAGGUGGCUCUUCUGGGCGACUUUGUGGAAUGCGGUUCCCUCCUUCCCCCCUCGUGUGUGUUGUGCAUGAGCCUAUAGUACAGGGUGCAUGGGCCUAUAGUGUAGGGUAAAAAUGAAAUAGCAUAGGAGUGAGUGAGAGGUAUGUGUGUGAGUGAGAGGUUUGUGUGUAUGGUAUAGGAAUAGGUUGCAUGAAUAAGGGCGCGUAGUAAAAAUGCAUGGGUGACGUCAAGGGGCAACGGUGAAAUAUAUAGAGCAUAGGCCAAGCGUAGUAUAGAAAUAGAAUAAGAAUAGAGCAUAGGUAAGCGUAGUAUAGGCAUAGAAUAAGGAAAUCGUACAGGUAGUGUGACGGUGUCACAAGAUAAUAAAAUAUAAAUUAGUAUAAUAAUGAAAAAAAGUAUAUACAUGUAAAAUUUUAUUGUACAAAAAAAUAAUAGUUCAGAUGUCCGACGCCAGGGGGCUACGCACCGUUUGGCUUUUUCAUAGCCGCCCAGUACACCCGUCGCGCUGAACUGGCAGCGUGCGACGAGUAAACGUUGGCUUUUUUUGAAUGGAUUAAAUGCUCUGGUUUUUUGCUCAUAUUCGACUGGAAACGGCGGCAUACAUUGAGAACCCCCAGAACGGCAAUUAGUGGUAAGCCCAGUAUUCACUCGUGGAUUACUUACCCCCCACUAAAUUGUUCCAAUUUGAAUGCAUGUAUGAGAGAGAGAGAGAGUGGUAGUACUGGCAACGGACUACAAUUAGAGUGAAUGGUAGUACUGGCAACGGACUACAAAUAGAUCCGGUAACGGACUGUCUACAACUUAUUGCAAUUACUACUGGAAACGGAGUAUGAGUAAUUAAGGGACCAGAAUUAACCAGAUUAGGAGUGAGAUCUUGGGCGCGUAUAUUGCGGGGACUCACAGGUAUACAGGGAUCUUGGGCGCGGACAUCGCGGGGAUUCACAAAGACCAAGUAAAAGCAUCGAGAUAAAUUAACUAUUAUUGGGAUAAUUAAAUAUUGUAAUUUGAAUAAUUGAAUUGGGUUGUUAACUUGGAUAAUUGAAUGUUAUAAUUGCGUAAUAAAAUUGAAUAAUUAAAUUGUAUAAUUUGACGUACUGGACUGGUCAUUUUUUGUCACCGAGGGUUCUGAUUAAUCUACUGUCAUUAAUAAAUUUAAACUGUAAUUUUGAUUGAUUUGUCUUUUUAAGUGGAGAACCCUGCACCACCUGCCAGAACUGAGCCGGCAACCAGUUUUAACAUUUUGGUAUUUGAGCCUAUCGUAAAGUAUCACGAAUCCACGAUAGGUUCAUUACAGUAGAUAGUUUUUUUAGCAUAGAGUUUUCAGUUGUUUUUUUUAGUAUAGUUUUUUGGGUUAGUAUUUUUAGUAUAGAAUUUUCAGUAGAGUAUUUUCCGGUUUUAGUUUUGAAAUACAUGUGUUGAGUUUUAUAGUAGGGAAAAAAAAGAAUAGAGUUUUAAGAAAACAUAGAUAAAAGUAGUUUUUUUUAAUAUAUUUUUAGUAUAGUUUUCGGAAAAUAUAAGAAUAAAGGAGUUUUUUCAAUAUAGUUUUUAGUUUCGUGUUCAAAUCGUAUAAGGGUAGAAUAGAAAAAAUCAUCCCGCUGUUAAUUUAGUUUACGAACGACAUAAAUUUUUCUGUAGUUUGAAAUGUUUCUUUUGUUAUUUUAUUUUUUAACGAGUUGCAUGUUUUUCAGAUUUCCAUGCCGAGGGUUAAUUUUUUUUCGAUAGACUUUUUCUAAAUGUUCCUGCUGUUUAUUAUCUAAUUUUACGAGCGACUUGCGAUGGGUAUUUUCAGAUUUUUGUACGUGGAAAAGAGUCAUAAAAACAGUGGGUUAUUUUUUUGUAUUUAAGUAAGUUUUACCGACAAAUUUCUAAAAAUUUGAAGAUACACCUGUUAUUUUUUUUUUUGAUUUUCUGAUUUUCUAUUGACAACAUCUUAGCAAAAAUGGACCAAUUAGAAAUGAUAAGUAUUUAUGGUGGUGGGAAAAUGGGCCUGACUAAAAUUAUUUUGACUAUCAUCCCUGAAAAUUUUCACGACAAGUGUCAGUUGUGUUUUCCGGGUCUACUUAUUCACAUCUUAACUAAAAUAAAAAAUGAAACGCGCACUUGAAACCAACGAAGUUGACCUUAGUUGUAAAAAAAAAAAGUAGGAGAUAUCCAUGGUAAAAAAUGGGUACAUGAAAUUUAUAAAUAUCCUGAACUGUUGAGUGAACUAAAAAAUUUAAAGUGCACUGUAAUUGCGCGCAGAUAUUGGGUCUCCGGGUUUUUCAAAGAUUUCCCCAAAAAAGAUAGAGAACUUCAUGAUUUUAUUCGAUAUAAAUUACUCGGUAACCCGACAGAUAUACGCUAUAUAGAAGAGUAUCCGGAAUUAGAAGUGCAGUUUAAAAAAAUCAUACAAAGAGUUAAUGACAAACGUGCUCAAACAAGUGAAAAAAGUUCAACACAGUGUGAAGAAGAUCUGUUGAAGGAUUUUGAGAAGGCUGAUGAGGAUGAUAUGAUGUUUUUAGACAUUGAAAUGCCGGUUGACGAAAUUGUGAUAAACAAUGAAAUCCCGGUUAAUGAGCCUGAACGGGAAAAUGUACCUCUUGAAAAAAAUGACAUGGUUGACACAGGCCGAGAAUAUGAAACAGCAGCGGCUAUGUUUGCCAAUGCACAGUUGGAGAUAAAAAAAAAUGAACCAAUUGAUGAGGAGUUGGUUAAGUUUUUUGCAGAUCUAGUACAAAGUGCUCUUGAAGAAAAUGGACAGAAAAAACAAAAAGAACGCAGUAAAGAUGACAAUACUGAAAAACAGGGAACAGUAUUACCUAUUCGAUCCGGGAAACACGGAAAAAAAAUAAUAGCCGUAGAUGAUGAUGAAGAACACAGUAAAGAUGACAAUACAAAAAAAGAGGAUCCAGUAUUACCUAUUCGAUCCGGGAAACACGGAAAAAAAAUAAUAGCCGUAGAUGAUGAUGAAGAACACAGUAAAGAUGACAAUACAAAAAAAAAGGAUCCAGUAUUACCUAUUCGAUCCGGGAAACACGGAAAAAAAAUGAUAGCCGUAGAUGAUGAUGAAGAUGACGUGGUUAUAUUGAGCCAAUCGUCAACGUCUUCGUCAUCAUCAUCGUCAUCGGGGUCAUCGUCUUCGUCUUCAGACCCUCCCACUAUUAUGAAUGAUAAUAAUGUUGCUGAAAAAUAUGACGAAGAACAUCAAUAUCGACCUAAAGCAGGGUCGUCAAAGCCAAAAAAUGAGUCUGUAGAUAUUACAGAUUUCUGCGUUGACUGCGAGGGAUAUCAAUGUCCUAAUAAAGCAGCAACGCCCCAUCACCAAUUUUGUAAAGGCUGUCAUGAAAAAUGGCAGAUGGGUGAACAACCGCAUUACCCACAUCCAUCACCAAUACCCAAUCCAAUUUUUGAAAAACGACAACAACUUGUAGAUGAUAGAAUAAAAUGUUUACAAAAUCAAAUACGUGAGCUCGAAGAAUCAUUGAGUCACGUAAAAUGCGAUCUCUGUGGUGGAGAACCCAUUGUCAAUGAAUUUGGUCAUUGUGAACGCUGUGCCCAAUUGAUAGAUUAAAUAAUAAUAAUAAACCCAUUUGUAAAUAAAUAAAAUUGUUUGUAUGUCUUUUUUACAGGUAUUAUUGUAUAGAAAAAAUAUAAUAAUAAUAAAACAAUAAAUAAAUAAAUUGUUUGUAUGUCUUUUUUUACAGGUAUUGAAAAAAUAUAAAAAAAAAAAAUUAAUAAAUAAAUAAAUAAAUAAAAAUUUUGUAUACCUUUUUCCUGUUGUCUUCUUUUUACAGAUAUAUUUGUUAUUGUUAAAAAUUUUUCAGGUUACACCAUAUUUUCGUUUUCUUUUUACCGGUAUCAAAUAUAAUUUUGUUUAGAAAAAAAAUUCGUUAUUUCUCUUGUUAUAUAUUUUUUCACACCAGAGGGCCAGAAAAAUUUUCAAUUUUGUCGGGUAAAAUAUUUUACGAAACAGGUAAAUUUAGAAAAAAAAUCAGUUUUGCUGUGACCACUGCAGUGUGAAGAUCUUUUUUUCAAGUUGUGGCUGAAAAAUGAAGCGUGUUUUAGAUGAUGAUGUUGGAGUUGAUAACAGUGCAGAGUGUGAGUUUUUUAUUGAUAGUCUAGUCGAUGGUAGUUUAACGAACAAUAUUAUAGAACCGCGGUUACAACAAGAGCAUUUGGAUCAACAUUUACGUGUACCACAAGAAUCUGAAGUUUUACAACAACAACCUCUUUUGGAUGAUGUUGAAGUUGACGAUAAUUUUAUCGAUAGGGAUAUAAUAAAUCGAAUCAUGCAAUCGCCAUUACAACAACAUCAUUUAAGUGAGAUUUUACAAACAGGUGGUGGUAGUGAUAAUAAUUUUCAGCGUAUAGAUAUUGUUGAUGAAACACAGACAUUUGUGGCAAAAUAUAAUUUAAAUAAACAUUUGAUAAAUUUUAAAGAGAAAGAAAUACCGGAAAAUACUGUAGUUGAAACAUGGAUUGAAGAAGCAUUUGCAGAAGUACACAAGCUGAUCAGAAAUUAUUCAAAUAAUGCGCGUGAUCGAGUUAUUCUCAGUUUCAAAACCCCUUCUAUGAACUCUGAGGCGCAUACUCACUUGACACCCGCCAAAAAUUUUACAUUUGAACGUUUAUGGGAGAUUGUAAGUAGCAUUUGUCAAAGUAAUGAUCCUGUACAUGCUAACGAUCUAUUUACUAUUAACUUGGUUGUAUUGAAAUCAACGACUGGUGGUAGUGUCCCGCACCACAUAACAAAAAAGGCUCGCGGUGCUCUGGAACUCUAUAUUUAUGUUUGCCACGCUCUAUUGUAACAUGUUUAUCAAUAAAAAAAAAGAAAAGAACUAUAGUUGCUAAAGUGAAAUUUACCAAUGUUAGUUCACGCGUCAUAGCUGGUCUAUCCCCACUAUUUGUCAUAAAACAAGAGUGGGAAUAAAUGCGCAUGCGUGGUGUGCACUUUUAAAAUUCGGUGAGCUUCGGUUAAAAAGAAAAGAAGAGCAAUUAAAAAAAAAAAGAAAGAAGACAUGACAGGAAAAAAAAUGUCGUCACCUGUCAAAACUUGACAGCAGCAUCUGGUUCAAUUCAGUUUCAUUCCGUAUUUAUAAUUUAUUUAGUGUAAAAAAAUAUUGUUUAUCAUUUUGUUGGUUAUGUUGUGUUAAUAUACAACUGUCAAAAUAAAAUAUAAUUUUAUU